AUGCUUGGGGUUUUGUUUUUUCUCUUCCUCGGCGUGGCGUGGCUGGCCGGGCUGGCGUGCGGGCAGAACGAGACGGAGCCCAUCGUGCUGGAGGGCAAGUGCCUGGUGGUGUGCGACUCCAACCCCACCUCGGACCCCACGGGCACGGCGCUGGGCAUCUCGGUGCGCUCGGGCAGCGCCAAGGUGGCGUUCUCCGCCAUCCGCAGCACCAACCACGAGCCCUCGGAGAUGAGCAACCGGACCAUGCUCAUUUACUUCGACCAGGUGCUAGUGAAUAUCGGAAGCAACUUCGACUCGGAAAGAAGCACUUUUAUAUCGCCCAGGAAAGGGAUUUACAGUUUUAAUUUUCACGUGGUGAAGGUGUACAACAGGCAAACCAUCCAGGUGAGUUUGAUGCUAAAUGGGUGGCCAGUGAUUUCCGCCUUUGCAGGGGACCAAGAUGUGACCCGAGAAGCUGCCAGCAAUGGAGUCCUGAUUCAAAUGGAGAAAGGAGACAGAGUUUAUCUAAAACUGGAGAGAGGAAACUUGAUGGGAGGCUGGAAGUAUUCGACAUUCUCUGGAUUUCUAGUGUUCCCUCUUUAA